UGCUUUUUCUACGUCUAAAAAUAGUAAUCCAAACUUUAUUCAUUCCCAAAUUCAUGAGAUAAUUAUUUAAUUAUUAAUUGGGCAGGCAUCUAGUCAGGCCUUUCUCUUCACUCGAUUUCUAUCUCUAGGUAAAUCUAUCAAGGAAAACUAGCUGAUGGCAAUGUUGGUUAUUGUUAUUGUGUAGUGAUGGAUCGUUUUUCCUGGUGUGAUGGUAGCUUGUAUCCAGAUGAAAGUCUUGUUGAACAGAGAGGGGGAGUGGCAGUUUACGAUGGCCAAGACAAGACGGCUUUCACUAAUGGACUUCUCAAGCUGACCACACACCGCUUACUUUGGCAGGACCAGAAAAACAGGAAUUGCGUCAUAAGUCUACCCUUGGCAAAUAUCUCAUCACUUGAUGAACAACCAGGGGGUUUAACAAAGAGUGCCAAAAUUGUAGUCCACUUGGUUAAGCCGUUUCCAGGGCAACCACCUGGUCCAGUUUCUCACAGUUCCCAUAGCUACAUCAGACUGUCUUUCAGAGAAUAUGGACAACAAGAGUUCAUGCAGCGUCUAAAGGAAGAAGUGAAAAAGAAGAAAUGGGAGUCACAAUCUGCACCCCAAACUUCUAAUGCUAGCAGCAACCCUGGACUUUUACCUCGACAAAGACCUGGCAUUGUGGGCAUAGAAAGAUCUAUCCAGCAAAAAAACAAGGAAACAAAUAAAAAUAUAUCUCAAGCUUUUCAAGACCUCAGAAAUUUAAUGGAGAAGGCUAGAGAAAUGGUCAGCUUAAGUAAAUCCAUUGCUGCAAAAAUCAAAGAUGUACAAGGGGAGAUUACUGAAGAUGAGACAGUUAAGUUCAAGUCAUACUUGCUGAGUAUGGGUAUACCCAAUCCAGUUACAAAGGAAACCCAUGGAACAGGAGAUAAAUAUUACACCGAGUUGGCCAGACAACUUUCUAGUUUAUUGACUAAGCCUAUAAUGGAAAGUGGAGGAAUGAUGACCCUGACUGAUGUUUACUGUCGUGUCAACAGAGCUCGAGGCAUGGAGCUGUUGUCACCUGAAGAUUUGCUGCAUGCUUGUCAACUGAUGGAGCUUUUAAGACUGCCCAUAAGGCUGCGUACUUUUGAUAGCGGUGUGUCAGUUCUACAGGCAGAGAACCAGAACGAGGAAGAAAUUGUCUCAAAGACUAGUCAAAUGGUUGAGGAACAAGGGUCAUUAACUGCUGAACAGCUGGCUCAGUUACUUGAAGUAGCAGUAACCUUGGCUAGAGAGAGACUUUUCUUAACAGAAAAAAUGGGAGGUGUUUGUAGAGAUGAAACCAUCGAAGGGCUUCGCUUUUUUCCUAAUUUAUUUUUAACCAAAACAUAGCCAGUGUAUUGAUGUGAACUUCAAAUAAUUUACGUUUUUUAAUGCAUGUAUCUUUUAUGUAUGAGACUAAAAUAAAUGAGUUAUAAAAUCGCA